AUGAUACAGCCAAGAGAGGAUGUGAGAUCCUACGCCCUGUCUGCCGCUUCCCUCCUCAAGGAGGAAGGGAAUGAUGAGGCCACAGAGGAGGAGGAAACUGAAAGCAGUGAUCCACCCUGCCCUAGAGGGAUCAUGAGACUAGGGAUAGUAGAAACGACAGACAAAGAAGAACUGAAACAGGAGAUAGUGAAGGCCAGAAUGCAGGAGUACCAGGAGUACUAUUACCGAGGGACUGGAAGGGGAGCUCACCUUCUCAGAGGACAGCCACUCUCUGAUGAAGCCGAAACAAGUGGAACAGAGAAGGAACUGGUCCAAGAUGACCCAGAAGCCAUCCAGCUUGGGUUCACCAUACAGAAUGGGGUCAUUGUCAAAAGAACCAAACAACCUUCUGAAAGCCCAGUCACAGACGAUGGCUCUCUUCAUUCAUUCUCUGGACCACCCAACAAGUGGCACCACCCCCCUUUCGAUGAGUAUCCCAACCCAAUGGAAGCCUUGCCUUACAAUGCAGCCAUUCUUUAA